AUGGGGUGCUGGGCCAAGUUGAAGUCAUCUGGAUGGGCUUACCCCACAGCCAUCCUGUCACUCUACGGAUUUUUUGCAAACUGUAGGGUUGCAGAACCUUUCCUGACACCAUACCUUAUUGGACCACGCAAGAACAUUUCUGAAGAAGUGGUAACCAACUACCUGUUUCCUAUCUGGACGUAUUCCUACCUGGCCUUUCUUUUCCCCGUCUUCCUCCUGACUGACUUCCUGAGGUACAAACCACUUAUUAUAGUACAGGGGUUCUUUCUCAUCACCAACUAUAUCCUACUGUGCUUUGUCCCAGGUCUUCCUGCUAUGACUUUCCUUCAGGUCAACUAUGCUGUAGUGACUUCCACGGAGGUUGCCUACUUUUCCUAUAUUUACAGUGUAAUUCCAGUAGAGAAUUACCAAAGAGCUACUGGUUACCUGCGCAGUGCAAUGUUGGCUGGAUAUACAUUUGGCGCCACCCUUGGCCAAAUGCUUGUCUCCCUUGCUGGCCUGGACUACUUCUAUAUCAAUACUAUUACCCUGGGAAUUGUGAGCGUGGCAUUUCUCGUCUCAUUCUGGUUGCCCAUGCCCCAGACAAGCAUGUUCUUCGAAGGGAAGAAGGCUGCAGCUGUAGACUGCCAGCAAGAGGGGCCACAGGGAGAGAAGGAGUCAGUGACGGAUAAGGAUGGAGAAGGCUCGGGGAAAGGGAAGAUGGAAUAUAAUGGCAGUGCUGGCUACUGCAGCAGAGAAAAUGUGGCCGCUGCAGUUCAUCUGCUUUGGCAAAGCUUCAGGGAGUCCUACUCUUCCAGACAUUUAAUCUACUGGUCCCUGUGGUGGGCUCUGGCCACAGCUGGCUACGUGCAGGUCUUCAACUACAUCCAACUUAUGUGGGACCAUAUAGAGCCAUCUGCCACAUCAUCCAUCUACAACGGAGGAGUAGAGGCUGCAUGCUCUCUUGUAGGUGCUGCAGCAGCCUUCUCUGUGGGCUACAUCAAGGUGACCUGGGUUGUGUGGGGAGAGCUGGCUUUGGGGAUGUUCUCAGCUGUAGGGUCAGGCGCUGUGUUUCUGAUGGCGUUCACGAGCAGCAUCUGGUUAUGCUACGUCGGUUAUGCCAUAUUUAAAUCCUGUUACAUGCUCCUCAUCACCAUCACAACAUUUCAGAUCGCCUCUAACCUCUCCAUGGAGUGCUAUGCUCUGACUUUUGGGAUCAACACUUUUGUAGCCCUCUCACUGCAGACCAUCAUUACAGUCACAGUUGUUGAUGAAGCUGCACUGGGGCUGGACAUCGUGACGCAGUUCAUCAUCUACGGCAGCUACUAUGCUGUCAUAUCGCUGCUCUUUUUGAUCCGAGGAACCUACAUCGCCUGCGUAAACAAUCCCUGUCCGCAGCACACGGAAGCCAAGGAACCUGAGUGUGUCGAGGAGGUGAUUGCUGCAGAGCGUCUCUGA